AUGGAUAACUAAUUUCUUUAAUGAUUUUUCUAUUAUAUUCUGUAAUUUCUACAUAUUGAAAAGACAGUGUAUGGUUCACUUUUGUGUGUGGAUUAAUAUUGUUAUUUAUAUAUAAAAUAAUUAAGAGAAUUUAAUACACAAAGAACAAUGUGGCUCAGUCAGAAAGACAUAAUGACAAAUAUUCCACUUGGUGGGAAGGUAUCCAGCUUGUUUGAUGUUCCUGAACGAAGGGAAUUACAACCUCAUGGAUCAAGUAUCACCUCCUUUGCUUGGGAGCCACAUGAAGAUGGUCCUAGAAAAGCUAAAAAGAUAUACUAUGAGAACACAUACAAGAUGGAACCACCAGAAAAAUUUCGUCCAGAUAAAGUCAGGCCUAUCAUUGAAAAAGUGCUUGCUACAAAUUUAAAGGGUAGAAAGUAUGAUCCUACGGAGUGUUCAUUACUGUCAAAGGCCCUCUCUGAUGAUAUCAAACAUCAAGUAAGAGCCCUCAAGUUUGAUAG